AUGAAUGACCGGAAUCCCAACCUCAUCCGCCACGUCAGCGGCGAGGCCUCCGAGGAAUCCGUCAGCGAUGAGGCAAGUGACCCUGGGCUGUGGAGCAGUUUUGGAGAGAAGAAUGUCUCUGAGGAAAGGUUUUGCGUGCGAGUUCAUGGAAGAAUAGAGUUCAUAAACAGCGUGGGAACCAGAACGAGGGUGAUGAUUAGGGAGGCCGUCCGAGAUGGUCUUGAAUUGGAGAGUGGGGUAGAUUUGCGAAAGAGCCUGGAAGUCACCGAAACGGUGGAGGCUGUGGUGGAUGAAGUGGGUGUUGAUGAAGGUGAUGUGAAAGCGACGGAGAGCCAGAAGCUGUGCGAGCUUCAGCAUGGAGUUGACGUUGCCUUUCACUGGACCCGGGAAGAGGACAACAUGGUUUCCACCUCCUUCCUCUUUUUCUUCCGACAUCCUUUGCUAUGUCUCUAUCUACUGUUUCGUCGUCUGUGGGAAGGGAUCCCUUCCUUUUUUAAACAUAAAUCCUUAUGCUUAUCCAUCACUGACACAGGAUAA